GUAUGCAUCCUCUAUAUUGUCAACCGUACGAUAGCAGCGCUUCGCUUUGGAUAUUUACUACACAUUUGGUGAUCUCGGACUAAUGAAGAACAGCCUUUAUUCGCCGAGAUGCCCUUUCCCGUGCUGAAGCGAUAGGAUGCUUGUGUAGGUUAGGAGGUGAAAUAUUGCUACAGCAUUUUCUCUCUGUGAGGCUGCUCAAGCCCGAUUGAAAAAUGGCGGAUCUGGAGGCAGUCCUCGCCGACGUUAGCUACCUCAUGGCUAUGGAGAAGAGUAAGUCUACUCCAGCAGCUAGAGCUAGCAAGAAAAUUGUUCUUCCAGACCCAAGUGUGCGGAGCAUAAUGCACAAGCACCUUACAAAGGUCGGAGAAGUGACGUUUGACAAAAUUUUCAACCAAAAACUUGGAUAUUUGUUGUUCAAAGACUUCUGUGAAAAUGUUUAUGAAGAACCUGUGCCGCAGCUUAAGUUCUAUGAAGAGAUUAAAAGGUUUGAAAAAUUGGAAACAGACGAAGAACGAAUAAGGGAAGGCAAACAGACGUAUGACCAGUUCAUCAUGAAGGAACUUCUGGCUCAGUCACAUACAUAUUCAAAAGAUGCAGUGGACCAUGUGAAGGAAGCCCUCACACAAGCUCAGAAAACAAGGCUAUUACCACCAGACAUCUUUGAGCCCUACAUUGCAGAAAUCUGCAACACAUUACGAGGUCAUAUAUUUGAAAAAUUUGUAGAAAGUGAGAAAUACACACGGUUUUGCCAGUGGAAAAAUUUAGAACUAAAUAUCAAUUUAACAAUGAACGAUUUUAGUGUACAUAGAAUAAUUGGCCGUGGAGGGUUCGGGGAGGUCUACGGGUGCAGAAAAGCAGAUACAGGCAAAAUGUAUGCAAUGAAAUGCCUGGACAAAAAGAGAAUCAAGAUGAAGGGUGGCGAAACAUUGGCUCUGAAUGAGCGUAUUAUGUUAUCUCUGGUCAGCACAGGGGAAGGGAGUCCAUUCAUAGUGUGCAUGACGUAUGCCUUCCAGACCCCAGAGAAACUCUGUUUUAUUCUUGACCUCAUGAAUGGAGGAGACUUACAUUACCACCUUUCACAGCAUGGUGUCUUCACUGAGAAGGAGGUGCGUUUCUAUGCUGCAGAAGUCAUGCUGGGGCUUGAGCACAUGCACAGUCGAUUUGUGGUCUAUCGUGAUUUAAAGCCUGCCAACAUACUUCUGGAUGAAAAUGGACACGUGAGAAUAUCUGACCUGGGUCUAGCAUGUGACUUUUCCAAGAAAAAACCUCAUGCAAGCGUGGGAACACAUGGCUACAUGGCACCAGAAGUGCUUAUGAAAGGACAAGCAUAUGACUCAAGUGCCGACUGGUUCUCAUUUGGAUGCAUGAUCUACAAACUUCUUAAAGGGCACAGCCCUUUCAGACAGCACAAAACCAAAGACAAGCAUGAAAUCGACCGCAUGACUAUGACCAUGAGUGUGGACCUGCCAGACUCCAUGUCCCCAGAGAUGAAGAGUCUGCUGGAGGGGCUCCUAAAACGUGACGUGGAGGAGAGGCUAGGCUGCCGUGGAAGGGGGGCACAGGAGGUAAAGGAACACCCAUUUUUCAAGGGCAUUGACUGGACCUUAGUAUAUCUUCAAAAGUACCCUCCUCCUCUGAUACCACCUAAAGGGGAGGUCAAUGCUGCUGACGCCUUUGACAUUGGCUCAUUUGAUGAAGAGGACACAAAAGGCAUAAAGUUGACUGAGGCAGAUCAAGAACUGUACAAGAACUUCCCAUUGGUGGUUUCUGAACGCUGGCAGCAAGAAGUUGCAGAGACAGUGUUUGAUGCAAUCAACCAAGACACUGAUAAGCUGGAGCAGAAGAGAAAGGCCAAACCCAAAAUAGAUGAUGUUGAUCUUGGGCCAACAGACUGCAUAGUGGAGGGUGAGGUCCUGAAGCUAGGAGGGCCUUUUCUGCAGACUUGGCAAAAGAAACAUCUGAAGCUCUAUCCCAACCGCCUAGAAUUCUACCAUAAAACACGUGACGGCCAGGUCACUCGCAGCAAAGGGGUGGAGCUUAUCCCAAUGCUUGAUAUAAAGGAGGUUUACCCAGAAUUCCAGAAGAUGAACAAGACAGAAAACUGCAUUGUGAUACAGCUAAAGUCAGACCAGAAAAUUGCAAUCACCUCUCCAGAUCGUGUGCUGAUCAACCAGUGGAAAGAUGAGAUCAUCAAUGGCUUCAAUCUUUCAUCACAGAUUAUGGCCAACAUGAACAAAAAGGCAUCAAAGCUUUAUGGCUCCGAAUUCAGCAGCAGUCCCAGCAACGAGAAUCUGCGUGCACCUCUGGAACACCGCAACAGUAACGGGAGUUAAUCCCUAAUUUGCUGUUCACUCAAACGCACCCUCAGAACAUCAUCCAGUGCUUUCCUGCCCCCGUCACUGUCACCGUCAUCAUAUAGCCAUUUGCCAUCAUUUCUUGCACCGGCGUUGGCAUGGUGCCUCAUGCCAGUGCGUCUGUGAGGUCAUGAGUGUCUGAGAAGGAGAAUGGGGGGAGGGGUAGGAAGUGGUGCGUGUGACUGGUAUUGAAUUCUGCAUUCUAUCUCAUUGUGCACCACAGUCUUGAUUGGAGCACUCUGUGACCACAUGGAGAAAAAGGGAUGAAGCAUUACCACAGGACUGGCGGAGGCCCAGACAAGAAUGCAUUGGUGAACAGGCAGAGAGCUGGUGAGAAAAGUGAUGCAAGUCAGCAAGUGAUGGCAUCUCAUGUGUCGUGUCUUGUAGCUCACUGCAGUUCCUGCUCUCACCUUGAUUUGCUCAUACGUCUCUCUGCACCUUUUGAUUGCAAUGGUUUUGCUGUACGACAGACCAAACAGGAAAUCGUGUUAAGCACAAGACUUCGUUUGUGGCAAAAUAGUGCCGUAACAAAUUUUUAUGGGAAACUUGAGGAACAUGAUUCAUGGUAUGACUGUCGAGCUGUGUGUGUUUCACCAAGAGCAGGCUAGGAAAAAAAAAAGUGGUACUGUUUAUCCAUUUUAAAUGUGAAACCAGUAAUGCAUUUCCCUCAGUAUUUUAAGAUCUUAGCAGCUGCAACAGCAAGCCUUGCUUGUAAGAGUUUGAGAUCACUCUUGUGGUUUACAAAAGUCAGUGGUGUCUUGAGAAAUGACAGUAACGCCAAGAAGAGGAAAUUACUUCCAAAUAGCUCAUUAUGCAAGCAUGAUCUGCUAUGCUAAGCUGUGUAUCAAGGAGAUUAAAAACUGGCUGUUGUGAUUGUACAACAAAGGAAUUUAUUUUUCCAAACAAAACCAAAAAGGUCAUUAAUCUACGGGAAAUAGAUGUUUCACUCCAGUGCAGAGGAAGUGGGCCCUCAAGCUGGUCAUCGUUCAAGAGGAGUUAUUUGCCUGUGGCUAGGCUGGAGUGGAAUAUCAGGAUUGGGCAUUGGGAUUGGAGUCAAACAAAUGGGGCACGAAGGCCACGAGCUUGGAGCCUGAGGCAGCUUGAUGCAAAACAGUGAGAGGGGGGUCCAUAACCAUAUAAAAUAUUGCUUUCACUGUCAUUGCACAAGACUGCCUAGUCUGUAAUGGUAGUGUACAGCAGAGUUCCAUGUGUGAAUGUAUGUGUAAAAGAGUGUAGAGGUGGUGCUGUGAAGUAUGCACAGCCAUGUCUGCAUUUAGGUGUGUCAAUGUUCCUGUGUAUUUACACCAGAUUAAAUGCGCUUUGAUUUGUUUCAGAGCUGAGCUGCCCAGCAGGCUGGAUAGUUUAAGCUUGAUAAUACCUCUUGUUUUGUUUUGGGUUUAUUUUCAUUAUUUUUAUUGGUUGGGGUGUUUGAAUUUUUUUUAAAGCUCAUAGAUUUCCUAGUGCGUAUAAUAUAAGUUUAAUUAGGAGAAGCAUAAAGAGUUUUGAAACCCCCCUUAUCCACUUUUGUCGAUCAAAGGCUGAAGGGCAUGCGAACAAAUAUUUGUGCUUUUGUUGUUGUUAUUGACUUUUUAAAGUCGGUUACAUUAUGUUGCACUUAACUAUUUAGGCAUACAGUCUAUCAAACCCACAGAGAUUUAUUUUAUAAAAAAAAAUAAUAAUCAAGAAUCUACCCCCUACCUCUUUAUUAUGGAAAUAUUCGUUACCUGCACUGUCUGCCACAUACUAUUAUUGUCAUCAGUGUAUUUACAGUUACGAUAAUGAAGUCUUAAACUAGUUUUGUAAUUAUCAAGCAGAUUUUUCCAGUGUUGUCAUCCUCAGCACAAAAUUUUAUGAAAUUUUGUUUCCUGUUCUACUAAUUUUAGCUGAUUUUCUUCUCUCUCCUUUUUCUUUCUUUUUUUUUUUUUUUUUUUUUUUUUUUGGUCUUGUUUGUAACAGAAUUUAAUUAUACAUAAAUGCAGUAUUCUACAAAACAGCAAACACUAAGAGUAGUCAGUAGGUAAGCUGCCAUGAGGGGCAUAAUGGUGAUACAUAAUGUCACUGUAGACCAAAUAAAAAUGCUUCUGAAUCUAGACAUGAAGAAAAGGGAUCUUUGUAUCUAGCAUAAACCACACAUGCACAGAAGAAUGUAGAAUAGUGUCAACAGUUUUGUGGGCUUUUUUAAAAAGGAAGUUCUCUUUUGUUCCUUCACUUUCUUUUACUUCUUUUUCUUUAAACUUAACAUCUGCUUUCCAUCCUUUGGUUUUUCUUCACUUUUAUUUGUUUUUUUGUAACUCUUCUUCUUGUAGCAUGUGCAGCCCAUUUUCAGUAGUUUUUAGGAUGACUGUUGUUCUGUUGUUUGAAUGGCUUCUUUUGUCUUGUUAUGACUACUUUUUAUUUUAAUGUUACAAAAAGGGAUAUUUUAUAAGUGGUAGGGAAUAAUUUUUUUUAAUAGAAGCAUAAGAAUUCCACAGAUUUGAAGGGGAAGUGAAAUGGUAUGUACUUUGUGUGCAUCGCACAAGAUUACUGCAUAAUUAUUUCAGACUUGAUCUGGAACCCCCGCUCUGCAUCAGUACAAACUUGGCAUUUGUCGACCACCUUAACAGAGAAAUAACAUGAGGUUUCAGACUGAGAGGAUGUUGGUUUUGCAGACUCGGCAUGUUUAUUGUUAUACUGCAAGCUGCAGCUUUCAGAACUAGAAUGUAUUUUUUUUUAAAAUUGCAUAACAAACUGUGGCAUGUGUUACAAACUGCGGCACAUGUUUUGAUGUACUGCACUUUCUUCUCCUCAGGCUUCCUGUUAGUGGCACAGCUUCUGUCAUGACUCCAAUGCUUCAGUUUUCCGUCCUCCCAAGCUGUGUUGUACAUAAUUGACUUCUUACAUGAGCACGCAAAGCGGCAUGCGCUGGUGUACAAUUUUGUUUGCUUAAUUUCAUUGCCUAUAUACACUUACAUAUUUAUUUAUGUGUAAAACUUACAUUGUUGGUGACAAGUGAUGUGUGAUAUACUUCACUAAGUUGAGACAGAGUAUAUGUGGAGUUCUUUUAUUGGGUACUCUAUCAGAUAUAGACUGAGUGGUUUUUGUUAGCAGCAAGUAUGUGGGGCUUUUUGUUUGUUUUGUUUUGUUUUGUUUUUUAAGUUGUUUUUUUUUUUAAAUUUUCUAUUGACUAUUUUUCAGCAUGUUCUUUGUGAAGUAUGUUGCAUGGCUUUCUCACAUCAGGACCAUGGCUUCUGUGAGUGUUCAAGGGGGAUGGCUGGGAAAAAGGUACUUUUGAGUCAGAUUCCAUCUUCAGGACAUGGUGACACUUUCAAGUGGUGGAUAGCAGCAUUGGGGAAAUAUCUUUGCUGUCAGCCAGGGACAGCAGCCUGUCGAUCGUGACCUAAACCUAUUGAUGUGCACAUGAGCUGCAUAGCACAAAAGAAGUAGUCUUGCUCCCUUUCAGGGUAUCUAUUUUGACAGUGUAAAAUUAUUUUGAAACACCAUUGAUUAGUUGAGUACCACCAGUUUCAUUUUCAGACAUUCUGUAAGUUUGCUCAGAUUAAAAUUGCCUGUGAUAUUGCCCAAGUUAAUAUUGCUUUAUUAACACACCAUAUCUCCUCCCCUUCCCCAGCAGUUUAUGAAUUUGAUGCAGAAGCAUCAUUACAUAAUGACUCUUGAGUUUCUUUCUUUUCUUAUAAACACCUUCUGCUAAGAUUGAAGACAAAGUUUUCAUUGGGCAAUUAAGAUCAGCAAUGAGGAAACAUGACUUGAUAAAAACUUCUUUCUCUUGACAUUCUUGUAUAAUUGAUGUAGGCUUGGUAACCUAACGCAAAAUUUUUAUUGAAUUCCCAGCAUGAAGGUUUGAUUUGUGAUGAAUAAUACGGAUGUGGAACAUGAUGUGUCUAUCUUUUAUUCUUUCUGGUGCUCUCUCUCUCCCCAUUGAUCUAAAACCCAGCCAUACAAAUAUCAGUCAUCGUAUGUGCAUUUCAAUGUUAUCAAAGUCUUGUUCCUGUUCUAUGACCUUUUACUGCAAAUUGUUUUAGAAAAAAAGUGAACAGGUCAUAUGAACUCUUCUCCCCAUGCUGAGUCUAUAAAGAUCAGACUUUUCCAUGUUUGGGAUAUCAGAAGCUUUAAGAGAAAUUAUAGGUGUUUGUCAUGGAAUAAUGAUUCUUAGGUCUGUAUCCAGAUUACUUUUACUUUUUUUAAAGUUAUUUUACUCAACACCUUCCACUUCACCUUCUCACUACAUGUCACUUCACAUCCUGUAUGGAUGGUAGGGGCAGGGGUCAUGGACUCUACAGAUCAAAAUCUUGAUGUGUUUAAAUUGGAACGACCCUGUCUUUGUUUCAGACUUUAAAACACCUCUUCAAGAGGUUCUUUUACACAAGAAUCUCAGUUUUACCUGUUCAUGAAUGAUCAAUUUCUGUCAUUUGAUUACUCUUGUUUUUGACUUGUCUGUUUAGAAGACAACAUAAUGGUGGUCAUGAACAUCUAAUUCCUUCUUUUGCUGUCCCCACUACAAUAAAACUUGCUUCGCAGAAAACUUGCCACCAAUUCCCCUUGAUGAUAAAAAUGACAAAGCAAACCAACCUUAGGCCGUUUAAUAGCAUGUUACUUCUAAUUGCAUACGUAAACAGGUUUUAUAAUGAGCAUCAUUAACUCCAAAAGCAAUCAUAAGUAUCCAUCCCCUGACCCUUACAUCAUGUGUUCUUCCCCUUUAUUGAGCUUUUUGUGUGGCUUCUUUGCAGCUUUACUCCUCAGGAGAUGCUAUGAAUGUGCUUUUAGGUCUCUUUUUGUGAUGUUUAUGCAUUAUGUAGCACAGUGUUAUGUGAAGAAAGUUUUGCCUGUGGAAUUUUUGUCGGUAGGGGGAGGCCGUCGGGGCAGGGGAAUGGUUUGGGCAGACAGCAAUUAUUCUCAAUGUCUAGUGGUCUCGCUAGGUCUUGCAGGUUAUGCUCAAAGUUCGCAGGUCACGUUGACUUUCUAGAGUUCUCUCAGUUAAAUCAGAAGUGAUAUAUUUGAUAUCUCAGUGCUUUGUAUCUUCUUGCUUUCCACUCGCUCCAUUUUUAUGUUAUGGUGCAAUGUGCUGUCAGAACAUACAUUUGCUUUGUUUUGCUGUGGAGCAUCAGAACACACACAUACACACCAUGUGUUUUCAACCCAGUUAGGAUGGAGAGAUCGCAACUGAUUAUUGUGCUCAGGCUUGUGGCUGUGAGGAUGACAGCGAAAUCUGAAACUCCCUUAUUCUCUCCCAUGUCUGCCAAUUUAUUUCCCUUUCCUAAUAGGUUGUGAGCCAGAAGCAAGUGUGAGCUAGAUGCAAAAGUGAGUAGAAUAUGCCAUCAGUAAUGCUCGACUGUUGUUAUCCACAUCAUCUCAUUGGCACAGUCAGCACAUUAAACAUGUAAUGAAAGUCUGACUGCUUUAUAGAGUGCUAGUUUUUCACUACUUGAUCAUUGUUCAUCUUUGUCUUUUUGCAAAUGCAGACUGGUUUGUACGAAUUAUUUAUAUAUGUGUUUGUGUGCUUGGAUUCAUUCUUAUGGAUCCCACCUGUCCCUGUGUUUUUCUACAAUUUGCAAACCAUGUGAUACUAGUGUUCAGUUUUCACCUGUCUCUUAUUCUAAAUUGAUGACUACCAUAAUGUGAAUGCUCAUAUACAUAGCUCAUUUUCUUUUAAGAAUGUUUGGUAUUUUAUUAAGAAAAAGAAUAGCCUUUUUCAUUGUUGUUUCUUGGUACUCUACAAAAACAUAUGCAUAUUGCCUCAUUUUACCCCCCUUCAAUGUCAUUGUUUUGCUCUGGGCUUUCCCCUCUCAACUCUGUUCUUUCUCUCAGACUAAAACAGAGCAUCUUUUUACAUCUUUUAAUGAAUCUUAUUGUAUGGUGAAUGUUCUUUGGUCAGUGUUUUGGUUAGAAGGAGCAUUUGAUGUGUUGUUUGGAAGGACAUUGUAAAUCAAAUGGGCUGUAGUUGACUGUAUAUUUGUGCAAACACAAAAUAUGAUGCUCUUGUUUGUAAUUACCUGUAAAUGAGAAUGUGUCAAAUUUUGUUCUGAUGUGUAUAUAAUGAAACUAAAGCUUGAGUUUAUCCUUGACAGAAUCUCACCUCUACUAUUAGAAUUUUUUAAGGUGUGUAAUUUCAUGUUAUAUUUUUUAACGGGUGAGCUAGAGUUGCAAAUACUUCAUUAUAGCAUCAGCAGACCAGCUGUUUAAUUAUAAUCUAUAUGUAGGACACUUGGUCGCAUACUUCUGUUCCAGCAUCCGACACUUCCCUGCUAACUUGCAUCUGACUGCCCCUCCAUGUCCCAUUAAUCAGACCCAUCAGUCGGACAUCAUAGUUACUACUGUACAUGGAAACCUUAGCUAGGAUCUCAGGUGGCUGUGCAUUGUAAGCUCAAGGCAAUUUGUAGGCGCUGCUCCAUACCAGUCCCUACAAAUUGUUCCAUAAAUCCAUCGCUGUAUAAAUGACCAGUCGACCUACAUGGCUGGCCCAUCACUUCUUGCGAUGGCUUCUGUGAUUAAAUUUGUGGUGUUAUUUGUUUGAAGAAAUGGACAUCAUGUCAUUUAUAGCCUAGUCUGCUUUUGAAUGAGUUUGCUUUGCUCUUUAAAUUUAAAAUCAUGUCUCCAAGUCUUUUAGCAAGAAUGAGUGAAAGAGUUACCAGACGGAAGCUGAUGAUUGCUUUGCUUUAGCCCUUCCUUUUUCUUUGUUGUAUUAUUUUUUUUAAUCCUUUAUCUCAUCUUACAUGACACAGUUUAAAAAAUGUUUGGCACUAGUUUCAAGGUAAAAAAUAUUUCACAAACAUCUAGGAUAAUCCAUAAUAACAGAGCGUGCGUAUUAGUACUAGCAUUAUAGUGAUGUUCGUUUGUGAAAUAUUUAGACUGCAUCACAAAUGUCUUUGCUAGAAAAGAAGUAGUGAUUUGGGGGGAGUGUGCCACAUAAUGUUUAGUAUUGCUUGUUCUGGAAACACUUUUCACAGAGUGCAACUCUUGCUUAUUGUGGAAUAGAACUUUUAUGUUCCAUGGAAGGAACAGAACAUUGUUAAUUUUAAGUUCAUUCAUCGGCCUUAGUAUUUCAGAAAAAAUAUUUAAAUAAUGUUUUUCCGUAAACAAUUUAUGGCAUACACGCAUUUUAACAAAACAAAAGCGCUUGCCUGCUCAGCUGAUUCGCUCAUGCAGCUGUCUUUAUUUAGGCAGUAGGUUCAUUCUGAUUUGGAUGGUACUUUUAUAUUUUGAAGGCCUUCCCACAAAGACUGCUACUAGAUCAGAAUUUUUCUGAUUCGAGAGCAUAAGAUACAGAUUGCAAGCCUGAGAAAUUUUUACUUGAAACAUUGGUGGCUUUGAGCUGAUCAUUUUACUACAAGAUUUUAGAUUCUACAAGAGAUAUAAAGAAAUUGAAUGAUUUUACAGAAGUUUCAAAUUGACAUAAAUAUUUUGGUUCACAGAAUUGAUAAAAGGACUUAAUGAUAAAGGUUCUCUUUCAUUUUGUGUUAGGGGUGGUUGGGUUUUACUUCAAAUGAGUCUACUUGCCAUACUGCAGUGAUAUCACACCACUGUCCUAUCUAGCCAUGUCUUGUCUACAGGCCCUCAUGGUCCAACACAGCAAUUCCCUAAACCCCACUUAAAAAAAAAUUCUACUGCAUGGUCUGUGAUGAUGGUAAACAUCAUUUAAGAACAAACCGUGCUCUCAAUAAUAGUUUGAUGUUGCUUCUCUUAAGAGUUACAGAAAAUUAUAUUCUUAGUAACUUCAGUGUCGAAAAAUGUUGUUUAGUCCUUAAGGGUCAGCAAAAACUUAAAGCACAAGGUGGGGUCGGAGGGGUUAAACACAUUACAAAGAAAAAUGAAUCUUAUUCUUCAUUAUUGCUCGUGUGAUCAUUCAAUUUUCACCUUUUCAUAUUGUGAUGAUUUGCAUUUUGCAUCUUAUAUGAAGGGUCUAAAGGACCUAAAUAAACGAACUUUUAUGAAAAGUCA